CGCACCAUCAUCGAGACAUUAUUUUGUUCUAAAGAUAAAUAAACAACCUCUUGCAUUAUUCUUGAGAAUUAAAUGAAAUUGCAAAGUAACAUUAAUAACACAGUCAACAGUCAACAGUCAACACUCUGCAGUCAACAGUCAACAGUCAACAGUCAACAGUCAACAAUCAACACACGCGAAGAAGAGGGUAACUAGCGAGUAACUAGUGAAGUAAAGGAAUUUUGGGGGGGAAAUUAAGGAAUGUCUCAACUGUUGCCAGUUUUACAUGGUUGAUUCGAAAAUGGCGUCUUUCCCGUUUUCAUCGGUCUUCAUCACUGGAAGCAAUCGAGGUCUUGGUCUGAAUAUGAUCAAACAUAUUUUACAUUCAUCUACUGUUCCAAAACAUAUCAUUGCAACAUGUAGAUCAUUGAAAGCAGAGAACGCACAAGAGUUACAGAAAUUAGCUGAGACGAAUUCCAAUAUACAUGUGCUGGAAUUUGAUAUGGCUGAUGUUUCUGGACCUCGUUUGCCCGAACUGGUGAAACAAGUAUCAGAUAUUGUUCAGGAGGCUGGUUUAAAUCUGCUCAUAAAUAAUGCCGGGAUGAAUUUAAAGGAGACUUUUGAUGAAGUAAGUCCUGACAUAAUGCGGCGUACUUUUGAUGUGAAUACUAUUGCUCCAUGUAUGAUAACCAAGGCUUUCCGACCUUUAUUGAAACGAGCAGCCGAAAUGAAGCAACCAGGUGAGCAACCAGAGGCAGCAGUUGUCAAUAUUUCAUCAAUUAUGGGCUCAAUAGACAAUAUCACUAAUGCAUACAAAUUGUCAUACAAAGUUUCAAAAGCUGCAUUGAAUAUGGUUACGAAAGCUGUAAGUGGUGAAUUUGCUGAUGAUGGUAUUACAGUUGUUUCAGUACAUCCAGGCUGGGUGAAAACUGAUAUGGGAGGCUCCAGUGCACCACUCACUGUUGACAAGUCAGUUUCUAGUGUCGUGAAGGUCAUCUCAUCAUUACAAAAGUCACAAACUGGCAGCUUCUUCAGCUAUGAUGGAACUAUCUUGCCAUGGUGAGAGAACAGCUACUGCAGGGAAUUUACAUAGAUAAUAGAUUGGAAUACAUAAAAUCUAAGGAACUACUGUAAAUAUAUAACAACACUGCUUUUACAUAAAUUUCAUAUAUAAUAGAGUUUUCAACUUGUUUGUGAUGGUUGCAUGCACAAUGACCCACCUCAUACGGUCAUACCCAGCCAACUGCAGAGCAUUAUUUAUGUCUGCAGAGCAUUAUUUAGUGUCAUUUUGUGAACAGGCUGUCGGAUUGCAGUCUCCCCAACAUCGAUUGGGCCUUCAUGUUGCCUGCCUGUCACAAGGCCUAAAAAAAUACCUGUGGUUCCGGUUUCAUAUCGCGAAAAAAUUAGGGUCGGUUUCAUGGUUUUUCCAAUAAUUAGUGUGACAACAGAUGCCAUUUUGGCAGCAGCCCGCAACCACCCGGAGAAAAUAGGGUCGCACUGUCAAUCGCAUUGAAAAAAUACAGGUAAUAGGGUCAGCAAAAAAAAAUUGGGUCAGUCGGGAAUUGGAAUCGCAGGUAUUUUUUUUUAGGCCCAAUACUUGAUGUAUCCCUAUUGUAUAGCCUAAAGGAAAUAUAGUACUAUGGUACAACGGCCUUUUUUAACUAUAUAACUGGGGGAGGGGGGAGAGGCAAAGCCCAGACCAAACCAGUUUGUCAUACCAUGGUAUGACAAAACUUUUUGUCACCAACAAGUGGGCAACAACCAUCUGUCAUCUCUCCACACUCAUUAUAGUAUGGUCCCCUUUUGUAGAUGGCCCUUCCAUGGACAAAUUCUUAAAAAAGGCCCUGUGCUACAAGGUGGCACAAUGAUUGUUUUUCAUAUCACAUUCAUAUGAAUGAUUGACAAAAUAUAGGGAUGCAAUUUUAAUUAAUAGCAAUAUAUAAUACUUUUGUUUGUGGAAACAGCACAUAAAUUUAUUACUGCAAAGUGUUUGAUCCGUAAGCCUGGGUCUUCAUCAGUGCUAAUAAAAUGUCAAGCUUUGCAGUAAUAAAUUUACGUGGUGUUUGGAACACAAACAAAAGUAUUACAUGUUUUAUCACCAUGCAAACCUACAAAGAACUUAUAAUAGCUAUAGCAAUAUGUUUGUCAAAUGAUUAAUUUAAUAACAGUAUGAAAUACAGAGCACAUGCAAUACAAAAUCAUUCCUUCACUGCAAUGUGGUUUAUAUAACAAACAAACAAACAAACAAACAAACAAACAAACAAACAAACAAACAAACAAACAAACAAACAAACAAACAAACAAACAAACAAACAAACAAACAAACACCAAAAACCAAAAACCAAAACAAAACAAAAAAAAAACACAUACACAACAUCACUUCCACUUUGCCAUUCCCAAAAAUGGGUCAGGGUUUAUUGGUCACCUUAAUCAUGUCUACUACUACUUACAUAGCAAUAGAUAAAUGGCUAACAUUUGUCUAUACCCAGUUCACCACUUUAGAUUAUUAACUCACAUGUCUAAUUGUCAUUGUUCAUAUAGAAUCAUAGAAUAGAAGGAAGGUAAUAUGAGUAAGCUUUGAAUGAUCUAAAUGAGUGAAUACCUCUUAGACAUAUAAACUCUAAUGCUUAUUACUUUUGUUCUAUAUUCUCUGCAGAUUCCUUCUGUAAACUAGAACAAUAGUAACUAGGCAUGUGACUCAAUGUUAUCUGUUGUGAACGUCUACUAUUAGAUCAGUGAUUGUGAAUUAGAUAUAGUGUUUCGCUAAUUAAUAGAUAAAUAAUUAUUUCAUAUUACUACAUCAUUGAACAGAAACAAUUACAUGACAGAGAAAUAGCGGGAAAAUAACAUGUUGCCGUUGGUUUUAUGUUGUUUAUUCGAGGUUUAAUGUUCAAAGAAAUAGGC